AUAUGUGAUAUCUAUGGCUGGCAAGGGCGGAAGAGGAGCUGCUUGUUUGUGUUUUGGUUCCAAAGGGAAGUUGCGAGAAGAAAGGAAGGAACAAGGAAGGAGGGAAGGAAGACGUGACGGCGGUGCUGGCUAAGUGAAUCCCUCCUUUUUUUUCUUCCUUCACGACAGCUCAGCACUGAAACAGUGAAGGCAUUUUGUCACAAUUGACGUCCCACAGCGUCGUCUGGCUUUCAGAAAAACGUGACAAUUGUCAACGUUUGAACCCGAACGGGGGACGCUGAGGAGAUCAUGGCGAGCAGGGGCGGAGCGACGAGACCCAACGGUGCCAAUGGUGCUAACAAGAUCUGCCAGUUCAAGUUGGUUCUGCUGGGUGAGUCGGCCGUGGGCAAGUCCAGCUUGGUGCUGCGCUUCGUCAAGGGACAAUUCCAUGAAUUCCAGGAAAGCACAAUAGGAGCGGCCUUCUUAACUCAGACGGUAUGUCUGGAUGAUACGACGGUCAAAUUUGAGAUUUGGGACACUGCGGGGCAGGAGCGCUAUCACAGCCUGGCGCCUAUGUACUACAGAGGAGCGCAGGCUGCUAUUGUCGUUUAUGACAUCACCAAUGAGGAGUCUUUUGCUCGGGCCAAGAAUUGGGUGAAGGAGUUGCAGAGGCAAGCCAGCCCGCAUAUCGUCAUCGCCUUUUCAGGCAACAAGGCCGACUUGGCCUCUCAGAGGGCGGUGGACUUUCAGGAUGCUCAGGCGUAUGCAGACGACAACAGCUUACUUUUUAUGGAGACGUCGGCCAAGACGUCUAUGAAUGUCAACGAAAUAUUUAUGGCCAUUGCUCAACGAUUGCCCAAGACUGAUCCUCAGUCGUCGGGCACCGCUGGCGGAGGCGGGCGCAACCGCGGCGUGGACCUGGCGGAGGCAGCGCAACCUGCCAGGGCGCCGUGCUGCGGCAACUAGUGCACCGGACACUUCGCCGCCCCCGCUAGCGGCUACGGAUAUAACGCUGUGGUAACCUGUACUGAAGAGCUCCACCUUGCGGCCGUUUGUCGACGGCGCUGGACAGUUCGGUCGCUCGCGCCGCUCCUUCAUUAGUUAGCUCGAGCCGACCGAGCGUUUAUUAGCGUUUUGAUUGGACGGAAUCCUAAAAACAAAAUGGCCGACGGAGUAUGUCGCUUUACCUCGAUUCGGUUAGGAAAUGCUUAUGAUGUCAGAGGUGCCCGUGUUUUUUUUUUCUUUCAUAUUUAUAAGUGUUUCUGUUUAAACACGCAAUUUCAUCCCUUCCACUUUUUUACAUGCCUUGCACUAAUGACAGACAACUUAAACAAGUAUAUCAUCAUGUCUUAAUUACUUACAGCCAGUGUGUUAUAAAGAAAUACAUAAAUCCAGUAUAAAUAUAUAAAUAGCAUACUGUAAAUAGUGUUGUGGAUUAGCAGUCAUGUGACUAAAAGGAAAAAAUAUAUAUUAUUGUAUGACGGGGCUUUGGUGAUUUUUGGAAAUGAAUUUGGUGUUAUUAGCCCUUCUGUUAAAAAGGAAAAAGCAAUACGUGUUCUUUUCAGCCUUAGCUUGAUAAGUGUAAUCGUAUUUGUAUGUAUUUGCACAUUAAAAAUGAAUAUCAA